AAUGUGGACAGAAGAAAGGAACAGUUUGUCCCACCGCCGGUGUUCGGUGUCUCGGCGGAAGGUCGCAGGACAGCUGGAGACACAAUUCACCACGAACUGAUCCCAAACCCGCGUAAACCACCCAACGCUUCUCUUGACUCUGCGCCUGGACACAUGUGAGGGAUGUGAGUGUCCCACAAAGCGCAGAGCAACGCGGCUGUGCGUCGCGUUUGUUUAGCAAGCUAACGUUGAGCUAGCUUAGUGUGUGCUAACGCUAGCGGACGAAGGCGUAGCUCGGGCGAACUGGUUUGUUUCUUGAAGCUGCGUAGACGCUACGUGUCGGUUGUUGUUUUGUGCCAUACUCGGUCUAAAGACCUCGACUCCCACCGGCCCCUGGUCUCGGAUCGGACGCCCCUGGUCUCGGAGCGGACACCCCGAGCUCAGCCUCUCACACGCACUAAGUCUGUCCUCCUCGACCGGCGGAGGCUGCUUCCAUGGCAGCCACGGCCGCUGCCCGGCGGUUGCCCAUGGGUGUGCGGACGUUCAGUGACUUUCUCCAGAUCGUCACGGUGGGAUCGCCCCGCUCCUGUCGCGCAGCGGCGCCCAGAGGAUGCCUGCGACAGAACAUCAGACACCUGUCGUCAUGCGGCAUUUUGAUGACCAGAACUCCCAGAGCACUCUGCCUUCAAGAGUGGGACACGAUGACAACCGUUCCCCAAAGUAGAAACUUCAUCAGCUUCACCAACAAAAGGAAGGAGUACUCCGAGCGUAGGAUAAUUGGGUUUUCUAUGCAGGAAAUGUACGACGUAGUGGCUAAUGUUGAUGAGUACAAGCUCUUUGUGCCCUGGUGCAAGAAGUCCCAGACCAUCAUGAAAAGAGCCGGCCACUGCAAAGCUCAGCUUGAAGUGGGAUUCCCUCCCAUGGUGGAGAGAUACACAUCUAUGAUCACUUGUGUCCGACCUCAUCUAGUCAAAGCAGUGUGCACAGAUGGAAAGCUCUUCAAUCACCUGGAGACAAUAUGGCGCUUCAGUCCUGGCAUUCCCGGUUACCCUCGCACAUGCACCGUAGACUUUUCUAUAUCCUUCGAGUUCCGCUCACUGCUGCACUCCCAGUUAGCCACCAUGUUCUUCGAUGAGGUCGUAAAGCAAAAUGUCACCGCGUUCGAGCGGCGAGCCUGCAAGCUGUACGGCCCAGAGACUCGAAUCCCGCGGGAGUUGAUGUUUCACGAGGUGCAUCAGACGUGAUCUCACCAGCUCAGCGUGUUUCCAUCCGGCCUUAAACGACACCAACCUUUAUUCCCUCUGUCCCCACCAACCUGCAUGAUGCUGUAUAGUCACUUCACCCUCCGACUCCAGGUCUCCGCCGCUGCCUUGACAUCCCAGCGGCUCCCGGAGACAUUAGACAUCCCACUGUUGUAAGCAUUAUGUUGGAAUAUUACGCAUUCUUGUUAUUGCAGCCUCAACAGAUUCUCGCUCAUUUCCAUCCUCCUCGUCCUCGUGCUGUCUACCUCCACUGAAAGGUUCCUUGUUUAGCUGAGGGAACCCACAUCACUCUCGCUCCACGGCAGAUACAUACUGUGUUUAUGUAAACAAAGCAGUCGAUCAUUGCAGCGUCACGUUAGCAAUGGAAGAAAGGCACCGUUUGUUUUAGAAGAAACAGUGACACUGAACAAAACACCAUUUAAUUUAUAUUUUCUCAUUGUAUGUUCAGAGGUUUGAUUUGAUCCAGACUUCAGCUCGACUCUUACAGUUCACUGUGACCUCACGGACACUUGUCACUCUGACACUUCAAUGCAAAACGUGUCCAAUACUUUAACUUCGGCACUUUAAUCAGCUGAUUACACUGUCAAUAGAGAAACACAUUAUUUGCCUUUGCCGCUUGUUUUUAAUUCAAAUGGGAAGUUUUAAAAUAUCCUGACACAUAGUAGUGAGCAAAAAAACAAAAACUAUUUCCUUUCAUUCUUUUAAAAAAAUUAGUCCAUAAGUGGCUAAAUGCAAACUUGUAUUAUUUUAUUGGGAUUCAAAAGAAAGGUUCAAUGUUUGGGACGUUCAGAGUCGUCACUGUUUGUUGUGACGAAAUCAACGAAGGGAAACCGGGAAAGUUCUCUUCAUCAUUUGGCUGUGGCCUCAUUUAACCUUGAGUUUUGGAAAAAUUUAGCUUUAACUUUGGCUGUUGUGCUGUGAUGCUUGUUUUUUUGUGGGACAUUGAAAUUUGGUCUGCCAAUUUUAAUAAUGCCUUUUAUUUUACAGCCUGCACUAGUAGUGAGUGUUAGGUAACAAGUGGUGGAGGCAGUUAAAGUUUGCACAAACAAGCGCACCUGAAUAAUUCCACUGAGAAGCUGGAAUGAACGGAAAUACUGUAAAUGGGAUAACAACCAGAACAACUUUAUAUUUGAUAAAUACCUGUGUAUAUAGUGUGGGUUUGCAAGUUGAGCUCAUACAUAAAUAAAAAAAAUAAAGGUGGAUUUAUUGAUAGUAAUCUGGUAUUAUAAUAAUCACACUGCAGUGAAAACAAACCAUUUGUACGAGACUUUUUGUAAAAGUUUCCCUUCUCUGCUUUCUGUGUUUUGUGGUCCAUCUCCUGAAGGUCAUCAGGAGGACGUUACUCCUGUUGUGUAUAUUUUUUAGAAUAAAAGAAUCCACUGGUGGGCUGUAGAAUAAAACAUUAUCAUUUGCCAUCAUCUGUGGGUUUAAUUAUUAUUUUUAAAAGGCUUUUUAUUUAUAUUUAUUCUGAUGCAUGGAUGUAACUAAGAGGGAACUAUUAGACAUGUGUCCAGUGUCUGUGUGUCAAGGUCACAAUUUCAUUUUGUUGGGAUUUAAGUUUCAUAUUGAAGUAGCCCCAUUGCUUUAUUCCCCCAUAAAGGGCUCUGAAGUUAAACUGAUUGUAUUUGCCAUAUUUCAGAGGUGACCGCUACGUGCUGGUUGCCAAAGGUCAAUGGAGGAAGUCAUUUGUUGUGUGACCUUUUUCGUUAUAGACGAGUCACUUUGUCCACUUGCUACAAGUCUUAUUCUCCCAUCAGAGCUGAACAGGGGUUCGGUGUUUUCACAUCUCGGUUUUGGCUUCGAACUAGAUCUGCUUUCAUUUUCUCUGUGAUUUAGAAAUGAAGAGAUAUUUAAUCAUCAGUGCAUGAAGAGUGUUAAAUCCAAGUGGGCCAGUGAAUCACUGUUACGUUUAAAAAAAGAAGAAGAUAGUUGUACUUAUUAAAGAAGUUUAAAUGCUGUUUUGGGGUGUUAUAUAUUUUAAAGCAAUAAAGUAUAUUUUACAUCA